AAAGGCUACGGCGUUUGGAUCGAAGACCCCGACGGCAACGUUUUUCUCGACUGCAAUGCGGGUGUUGCCGUUUGUUCUACGGGACAUUGCCAUCCCGAAAUCGUCGAAGCGAUCAUCAAACAAACGCAA